CGCAGGCGCAGUGCGCGCCGCCGCCGCCAUGAACCCCCUGACCAAGGUGAAGCUGAUCAAUGAGCUGAACGCGCGGGAGGCGGAGCUGGGCGUGCAGGAGGCGGUGUCGUGGCACGCGGAGUACAAGGACAGCGCCUGGAUCUUUGUGGGCGGGCUGCACUACCAGCUGACGGAGGGCGAUGUCAUCUGCGUGUUCUCGCAGUACGGCGAGAUCGUCAACAUCAACCUCGUGCGGGACAAGAAGACCGGCAAGUCCAAGGGCUUCUGCUUCCUGUGCUAUGAGGACCAGAGGAGCACCAUCCUGGCGGUGGAUAACUUCAAUGGCAUCAAGAUCAAGGGCCGGACCAUCCGCGUGGACCAUGUGGCCAACUACCGGCCCCCCAAGGAGUCCGAGGACUGGGAUGAGGUGACCAGAGCCCUCGAUGCCAAGGGCUGCGGGGUCAAAACGCCUCCUCACACCUCGUCCGAGUCCCCCUCGGAGGAUGAGGAUGUGCCCGUGAAGAAGCAGAAAGCUGCAGAGAAGCAGCGGAGCAGAGCAGAACGGGCAAAGCCGAGCCCGCCGGCUGGGAAGGGGGCGAGCACGGAGGAGCCCCACGGCAGGAUCAGGAUCAAGAAGGAGAAGGAGGACCCCGGGUACGAGCGCUACGCUGGGAGCGCCGGGAGCAGGACGCAGCGGGAGGAGGAGCAGCGGCGGCACCAGCGGCACUCGGACAGGAGGGGCGACAGGAGCUCCCGGGAGGAGCGGGAGAAGAGGGAGGAGGCUGGCAGGAGAGGCGACGGCCACAGCAGCCGGCAGGACGUGUCCCCCAGGGGCGGCAGAUCCCGGGAGUCCCAUUCCCGGCACAGGGAGCGGGGCUCUGACAGAGACAGAGACUCUGGCCGCUGCUGAGCCCUGGGCGAGCCUUUGGGGUGAGCCUGCCCACUCCUGCUCCGAGCUCCUGGGGUGCCACAGCUGGACCUGUCACCUGGGAGCUCCCCUUGCCUCUCAUCCCACCCUGGGCCAGGGCUCUCCGUGCUGUCCCUGCUGCUGGCUGGGACAGGGGUUUGUCCUUCGGCCGUGGAGGGUGUCAAGCAGUGAGGGCUGGGAGCAGCAGGAUGCUCUCCUCCCUAAAUCCCUGGGGCAGUGUCCCCCUCUUGCUGCUGGGUGUCUUGUCUGGCCUCGUGGGCCACCCUGUGCCCACCCAGCAUCUUCUGGAUUCCACAGUGUGGAAUCCACCGCUGUGUUGGGGUGAUUUAUCGUGGAUUUGUUUAAAGAUUUCUUAAUAAAGGUUCCUGUUAGGGAGA